CCGGCUCCGGAGCUGGGCUGGGGGGAAGGUGGGGAGGCGGAGAGGGGGCGGGGCUGCCCCGGGUCCCGCCCCCGCGCCGCCCUCGCUCCCACCGCCUCCCAAGAGCUGCGUCCCGUCCUGUCUAGUCCCGUUCCCGGCGCGGCCAGGCCCGCGCGCUUGCUCUGGCCGCCUUCCGCCGUCCUCGGCCCACGCCAUGGCCACCCUGCGGUCGUCCGGCCCGGCCCUGCUGCAGACGCUACUGCUGCUCCUGGUUGUGGCCGCGCGCGCGCUGCCCAGCGCCGACGGGACGUGCCCGGAACGCGCGCUGGAGCGGCGGGAGGAGGAGGCGAAUGUGGUGCUCACGGGCACCGUGGAGGAGAUUCUCAACGUGGACCCGGUGCAGCACACGUACUCGUGCAAGGUUCGGGUCUGGCGGUACUUGAAGGGCAAACACAUGGUGACCCAAGAGAGCUUGCUUGAUGGUGGCAACAAGGUGGUGAUUGGCGGCUUUGGGGAUCCCCUCAUCUGUGACAACCAGGUGUCCACUGGGGACACCAGGAUCUUCUUUGUGAAUCCUGCACCCCCAUACUUGUGGCCAGCCCACAAGAACGAGUUGAUGCUCAAUUCCAGCCUCAUGCGCAUCACCCUGCGGAAUCUGGAGGAAGUGGAACACUGUGUAGAAGACAAACCCGGGACCCACUUCACACCAGCACCUCCAGUGCCUCCGGAUGCAUGCCGAGGAAUGUUGUGUGGUUUUGGGGCCGUGUGUGAGCCCAGUGCAGAAGGUUUGGGCAGAGCCUCCUGCGUGUGCAAGAAGAGUGCCUGCCCGGCUGUGGUGGCGCCCGUGUGCGGCUCCGACGCCUCCACCUACAGCAACGAGUGCGAGCUGCAGCGGGCGCAGUGCAGCCAGCAGCGGCGCAUCCGCCUGCUCAGCCGCGGGCCUUGCGCCACAGGCUCCCGGGACCCCUGCUCCAACGUGACGUGCAGCUUCGGCAGCUCCUGUGUGCGCUCAGCAGAUGGGCAGACGGCCACGUGCCUGUGCCCCACCACCUGCCAGGGGCCCCCUGAUGGCCCUGUGUGCGGCAGCGACGGCGCCGACUACCCCAGCGAGUGCCAGCUCCUGCGCCGUGCGUGCGCGCGCCAGGAGAACAUCUUCAAGAAGUUCGACGGCCCUUGCGACCCUUGCCAGGGCACCCGGAAUGACCUUAGUCGUGUCUGCCGUGUGAACCCACGCACACGGCGCCCUGAGAUGCUGCUGCGGCCAGAGAGCUGCCCCGCUCGGCAGGCACCCGUGUGCGGGGACGACGGGGUCACCUACGAGAAUGACUGCACGAUGGGCCGCGCGGGAGCUGCCCGCGGCCUCCUCCUCCAGAAAGUGCGCUCUGGUCGCUGCCAGCCUCAAGACCAGUGCCCAGAAGUGUGCAGGUUCAAUGCUGUGUGCCUGUCCCGCCGGGGCCGUCCCCGCUGUUCCUGUGACCGUGUCGUCUGUGAUGGGGCCUACAGACCUGUGUGCGCCCACGACGGGCACACAUAUGACAGCGACUGCUGGCGGCAGCAGGCAGAGUGUCAGCAGCAGCGCGCCAUCCCCGCCAAGCACCAGGGCCCGUGUGACCAGCCCCUGUCCCCGUGCCUUGGGGUGCAGUGCCCAUUCGGGGCAACGUGUGCUGUGAAGAAUGGGGAAGCUGAGUGUGUAUGCCAGCAGGCGUGUUCUGGAAUCUAUGAUCCUGUGUGUGGCAGUGAUGGUGUCACAUAUGGCAGCACGUGUGAGCUGGAAGCCACGGCCUGCACGCUUGGACGGGAGAUCCGGGUGGCUCGCAGAGGACCCUGUGACCGCUGCGGGCAGUGCCGCUUUGGAGCUCUGUGUGAGGCUGAGACUGGGCGCUGCGUGUGCCCCUCCGAGUGCGUGGCCUCGGCCCAGCCUGUGUGCGGCUCUGAUGGGCACACGUAUGCUAGCGAGUGUGAGCUACACGUCCAUGCCUGCACACAUCAAAUCAGCCUCCACGUGGUCUCCCCCGGACACUGCCAGACCUGCGGAGACACGGUGUGUGCCUUUGGGGCAGUGUGUCGGGCUGGACAGUGUGUGUGUCCCCGGUGUGAGCACCCCCCACCCGGCCCUGUGUGUGGCAGUGAUGGUGUCACCUACCACAGUGCCUGUGAGCUCCGAGAGGCUGCCUGCCAGCAGCAGACACAGAUCGAGGAGGCCCGGGCAGGGCCCUGUGAGCAGGCAGAGUGUGGCUCUGGAGGCUCUGGCUCCGGAGAGGAUGGCGAGUGUGAGCAGGAGCUGUGCCGGCAGCACGGCGGCAUCUGGGACGAGGACUCCGAAGAUGGGCCCUGCGUCUGUGACUUCAGCUGCCAGAGUGUCCUGCGGAGCCCGGUCUGUGGCUCGAAUGGGGUCACCUAUGGCACUGAGUGCGAGCUGAAGAAGGCCAGGUGUGAGCUGCAGCAAGAACUGUACGUCACAGCCCAGGGCGCCUGCCGUGGCCCCACCCUGGCCCCGCUGCCACCUGUCGUCCCCCUGCACUGCACCCAGACCCCCUACGGCUGCUGCCAGGACAACAUCACUGCUGCCCAGGGCGUGGGCCUGGCCGGCUGCCCCAGCUCCUGCCACUGCAACCCACAUGGCUCCUACGGCGGCACCUGUGACCCGGCCACAGGACAGUGUUCCUGCCGCCCAGGAGUCGGGGGCCUCAAGUGUGAUCGCUGUGAGCCCGGCUUCUGGAACUUCCGUGGCAUUGUCACCGAUGGCCGGAGCGGCUGCACUCCCUGCAGCUGUGCCCCCCGAGGCGCUGUGCGGGACGACUGCGAGCAGAUGACGGGGCUGUGCUCGUGUAAGCCUGGGGCGGCCGGGCCCAAGUGCGGGCAGUGUCCAGACGGCCGCCCGCUGGGCCCCGCUGGCUGCGCAACAGACUCCUUGGCUCCUGAGACCUGUGCUGAGAUGCACUGUGAGUUUGGGGCAUCCUGUGUGGAGGAAGCUGGCUCCGCUCACUGCGUGUGCCCAACACCCACCUGUCCAGGGGCCAGUGCCACCAAGGUCUGUGGGUCGGAUGGAGUCACCUACGGCAACGAGUGCCAGCUGAGGACCAUCGCCUGCCGCCAGGGCUUGGACAUCUCUAUCCAGAGCCUUGGCCCGUGCCAGGACUCUCUUCUUCUUGCAGAGGCUGUUGCUUCUGGUGCCCGCCCAACAUCUGCACCCGUGGCCACCUCGGGGCUCAACGCGAGCAGGGCACUGCCAUCCCCGCCCAGCACCCUCCCCCUGGCUCCCAGCAGCACCCCUCACAGCCGGCCCACUCCUCGACCCUCACCAGGACCUUGGACCACUGCCCACAUCCCCAGAAUAACCACAAGGCCUGUGCUGACCAUGCCCCCCACAGCCCCUGCCACAGCAGCCAAUCUUGCCACAUCUGCCUUUGGCGAAUCUGGCAGUGCUGAUGGGAGUGGCGAUGAGGAACUGAGCGGUGACCUGGAAGCCAGUGGGACGGGCUCAGGGGGACUCGAGCCCCCUGAAGGUGGCAGUGCUGUGACCCCUGGGCCACCCCUGGAGAGGGCCUCUUGCUACAACUCGCCUUUGGGCUGCUGCUCGGAUGGCAGGACGCCCUCGCUGGACACAGAAGGUUCCAACUGUCCCGCCACCAAGGCGUUCCAGGGUGUGCUGGAGCUUGAGGGGGUUGAGGGGCAAGAGCUGUUCUACACACCGGAGAUGGCCGACCCCAAGUCAGAGCUUUUUGGGGAGACCGCUAGAAGCAUCGAGAGCGCGCUGGACGACCUCUUUCGGAACUCAGACGUUAAGAGGGAUUUCCGAAGCGUCCGCCUGCGGGACCUGGGGCCCGGCAGCUCAGUCCGAGCCAUUGUGGAAGUGCACUUCGACCCUGCCACCACCUUCAGGGCAUCUGAUGUGGGCCAGGCCCUGCUCCGGCAGAUACAGGCGUCCAGGCGCCGGUCGCUGGGGGUGAGGCGGCCCCUGCAGGAGCAUGUGCGCUUCAUGGAUUUUGACUGGUUUCCUGCGUUCUUCACGGGAGCCACCACGGGAGCCACGCCUGCUGCAGCGACAACCAGGGCCCCCACUGUGGCCCACCUGCCUUCUGCUGUGACCCAGCAGGCCCUCUACCCUAGCCACAUAAGCCAGCCUGUUGGCAGGACCACAGCCCUGCCCACGACACGCCAGCUCCCCACCACUGCCCCCCAUCAUGUGCCUGGACGCUGGCCCUUGCCCCCAGGCACCCAGCAGCCACCAAGACCCUGCGACUCUCAGCCCUGCCUCCAUGGAGGGACCUGUCAGGACCAGGACUCAGGGGGAAGCUUCACUUGUAGCUGCCCAGUGGGCAGGGGGGGAGCCACCUGCGAGAAGGCACUACAGCCCUCCGUGCCAGCCUUCAGGGGCCACUCCUUCCUGGCCUUCCCCACUCUCCGUGCCUACCACACACUGCGCCUGGCACUCGAAUUCCGGACUCAGGAGCCGCAGGGGCUGCUGCUCUAUAAUGGUAACGCCCGGGGCAAGGACUUCUUGUCGCUGACACUGCUCGGGGGCCGAGUGCAGCUCAGGUUUGACACAGGCUCGGGGCCUGCGGUACUGACCAGCUCAGUGCCUGUGGAACCUGGUCGCUGGCACCGCUUGGAGCUGUCUCGGCACUGGCGCCGGGGCUCCCUCUCAGUGGACGGUGAGACCCCUGUCGUGGGCCACAGCCCCAGUGGUACAGAUGGUCUCAACCUGGACACAGACCUCUUUGUGGGUGGCAUCCCACCGGACCAGGCUUCUGUGGUGCUCGAAAGGACCUCUGUCAGUGUUGGCCUCAGGGGCUGCAUCCGCUUGCUGGACAUCAACAAUCAGCGGCUGGAUCUCAGUAGCUGGCAGGGCACAGCAACCCGCAGCUCGGGUGUGGGACCAACCUGUAGUGAUGGCGAGAACCCCUGUGAGCCGAAUCCUUGCCACGGGGCAGCCCCCUGCCACGUGCUGCCUGAGGGCAAGGCCAAGUGCGAAUGCCCCCAGGGACGAGGGGGCACUCUCUGUCAGACAGUCUCCAAGCAGGAUUAUCCCCGGCCCUUCCUGGCUGACUUCAGCGGCUUCUCCUACCUGGAGCUAGAGGGCCUGCAUACCUUUGUGCGAGAUCUAGGGGAGAAGAUGGCGCUGGAGGUGGUGUUCCUGGCCCGCGGCCCCAGCGGCUUGCUCCUCUACAACGGGCAGAAGACAGACGGCAAGGGGGACUUUGUGUCGCUGGCACUGCAUGAUCGGUUCCUGGAGUUCCGCUAUGACCUGGGCAAGGGGGCAGCGGUCAUCAGGAGCAAGGAGCCAGUGGCCCUGGACACCUGGACCAGGGUGUCACUGGAGCGCAAUGGCCGCAAGGGCGCCAUGCGUGUCAGUGAUGGGCCCCGAGUGCUGGGGGAGUCCCCGAAGUCCCGCAAGGUGCCACACACAGUCCUCAACCUGAAGGAGCCACUUUACGUCGGAGGGGCUCCUGACUUCAGCAAGCUGGCCCGGGCAGCUGCGGUGUCCUCCGGCUUCGACGGCGUCAUCCAGCUGGUCUCCCUGAAAGGUCACCAGCUACUGACCCAGGAGCACGUGGUGCGGGCGGUGGACGUCUCGUCUUUUGCACACCACCCGUGUACCCAGGCCUCGGGCCACCCCUGCCUCCACGGGGCCUCCUGCCUCCCUCGGGAGGCCUCCUAUGAGUGCCUGUGCCCCGGGGGCUUCUCGGGGCUUCACUGCGAGAAGGGGCUGAUGGAAAAGUCGGCAGGAGAUCUGGACGCCCUGGCCUUUGACGGACAAACCUACGUCGAAUACCUCAAUGCCGUGACCGAGAGCGAGCUGACCAAUGAGAUCCCAGCUCCUGAAGCUCUGGAUUCCGGGGCCCUUCCCAGCGAGAAGGCCGUGCGGAGCAACCACUUUGAGCUGAGCCUGCGCACAGAGGCCACGCAGGGGCUGGUGCUGUGGAGCGGCAAGGCCACAGAGCGGGCCGACUACGUCGCGCUGGCCAUUGUGGAUGGGCGCCUGCAGCUGACCUAUGACCUGGGCUCCCAGCCCGUGGUGCUGCGUUCCACCGUGCCGGUCAACACCAACCGCUGGUUGCGGGUCCGGGCACACAGGGAACAAAGAGAAGGAUCCCUCCAGGUGGGCAACGAGGCCCCUGUGACUGGCUCUUCCCCGCUGGGUGCCACGCAGCUAGACACAGAUGGAGCCCUAUGGCUGGGUGGCCUGGAAAAGCUGCCCAUGGGCCAGGCCUUGCCCAAGGCCUACGGCACAGGCUUUGUGGGCUGCCUACGGGACGUAGUGGUGGGUCAGCGCCCACUGCACCUGCUGGAGGACGCCGUCACCAAGCCGGAGCUUCGGCCCUGUGCCGCCCCGUGAGACACACACCACGGCCCACCACCCACCCUGCCAUCAUUAUUUUCUAUUUUUUGUAAACUCAUUGCUUUUUUUGAUAUGGUUUUCUUGCCUGUAUGUUGGCCGGAGGGACUGCUGGACCGGCCUCCCUACCAUCCAGAGCGACCAGCUACAAAGGCAAACUCCGUGUCCAGGGACCUGCGGGGGGAGAUGGUGCAGGCAGCAUGGAGGCCUUGACCCCAGCCGCAGUCUCAGGACACGCCUCUCCACCUGGGGCCCCGUGUCCCGGCCCCUCGUGCUGUCCUCCUGUGCCGGGCCUGUGUCCCCAGAGCAGAAAGGGGCUUGAGAGGGCCCUUCCAAGGGGUCUUUCUAGGUUCCCACUUGAGCUGCUCAUGCCCCCGGCAUGUGCUGCAGGCUGGGCCCAGCCUCGAGCGCGCUGGCCCCUCCCAGGCCUCCUGUACCAAUACUGUGACUUGGAAGCACUGUUACUGUUGGGGCUAUUGGGCCCUUCCUCCCAGCCACCUCCCCCAGUCCCAGAGUGCUGGAAAGCAGAGGCCAGCCAAGGCUGGUCAGGGCACCUUGACACUUAGUUGGCCCUGCCUGUCCAUCCAGCCACCCUGGACAUAGCUGUGUCCCCUCCCUGAUACCUCAGGUCCCAUGAGGAGUCCUGAGAGGGAGCAGGGCUGCUGUGUGAUGUGCUUGGUGCCCACUGCCCGCCUGUCUGGGCAGCGGGCAUCCCCCUCUCAAGGAUGGGUGUUCGCGUUGACCACCAACCUUUAUGCAUUGAUUUUAUUCAACACCUGAGGUGAUGGGCCAUCGUUCUUCCUGUCCUGGCCCAAGGGCCCACACAGCAAACUCCCUCUCUGCUUCUGGUGUGAGGGGUAGUUGUCAUUGUCCAAGAAUGACCAGGGAGCAGCUGAGUAUCUGACCAAGGCCAAGGGGUGGGUGUAGAGGCAGCAGAAAAAAACGGCAACGUUAUGCCGCCUCCCACCUGUAACCCGCCUUGGGGGUGGCAGCCCCAACAUCCCCACAGCUGGGUCUGUGUCAUGUUACUAACUCCAGUCUGUGUCAAUGUCUGUGUCAAUCACCGUGAAUUAAAGUCUGAACACUUUAAAAGAA